AUGGAUUGUUUGUUGCAGGAUUAUGUGCCGGAUCUCUUCGCUCACUUCUACGAUCUCGGUGUCGAAACACAUAUGUAUGCCUCUCAAUGGUUCCUCACCCUAUUCACUGCUAAAUUCCCACUACAAAUGGUUUAUUUCAUCGUCGAUCUUUUCCUCAGUGAGGGGAUGAACACGAUUUUCCACAUCUCGCUGGCGCUCCUCAAAGCCUCCAAGAAGGAGUUAUUGCAGUUGGAUUUUGAGGGUGCUUUGAAGUAUUUUCGUAUAAGUCACAAGCGACUAUCGAAGUACGAAAAGGAAUUUUAUUCACUGAAAGAGCGAGAGUUGGAAUCCCAGGAUCCACAAGAACGUCUCGAGGAAACAAUUUUGAGACUGGAACGGGAGAACGAUGAUUUGGCGCACGAGCUAGUCACCAGCAAGAUCGAAUUGAGAAAGAAUCUGGACACGGCCGAGGACAGUGUCGAAAGUUUGCAAGGACAGCUUGAAAGGUGUAUGAGGACAGCCAAAGAUCUUGAAGACGAAAAUAACGGAUUACGUGCCGAAUAUGAUCAGGUGAAGGAGAUGUGCCGGAGAGAAGUACAGCGACUGGAAUCGGAGGCGAUGAGGUCGCAGAGUAUCAUCCUCAACUAUAAGCAAAUAUGCUCCGAUCUCAGUUAUCGGCUCGAUAAACAGCAAGAGAAUUAUCAAACGCAGAAGAAACGCAUCUCAGUGGGUUGA